AUUUGGAAGAAAGCAACGUUAUGCGUAUCUGCCCACUUUCGCCUUCACAACGCGCAUAAAUGCAGGCUCCAUAUGCUGCUUCCGAUGCAUCACAGAAGAUAGUAUCUGGAACAUACUCGUCCCAACCAGCUUUCUGCAACCAUAAUUCCUGCAUCAUCAUCUUGGCCCGAAUGACAAUCGGGGAGAUCAGGCCCAGCGGAUCGAACAUGCGAGCUACGUUAGAUAGAAUGGAUCGCUUUGUCGGAAUGGACACAUCACUGGAUAUUGCGGAUUCGAAAGAUAAAACGUCAUGCUCUGGCUCCCAUGAAACACCAAGAGCCUUUACCGUCUCGUGUGGUAAGAAUUGCCGCGCUGACUGUGUGCCGAUUUGAUCCGCAUUUAAACCGGCGAGCACCUCGAGCUGAUUGGAUGUCCACUUUCGCAGCUCGAAGCCGCCUUUGGCGAGCAAUUGAGAAAGCUCGAUUCGUAACUGGCGAGCAUUUUCGAUGGAAUCAGCACCACCGAUGAAAUCGUCAACGUAGAAAUUAGUUUUCAAAGCAGCUGAAGCAUUGGGACAAGAGUCGCCCUCAUCGUUUGCAAGCUGCAGCAAUGUUCUGGUUGCUAAGAAUGAUGAGGGGGCUAAGCCAUAGGUAGCUGUAUUCAGCUCAAAAUAUUCGAUUGGCGAGUGAGGCGAAAAUCGAAAGCAAAUGCGUACAAAUUUCCGGUCGUUAGGAUGAAGCAAUACUUGUCGAUACAUUUUCGCAAUAUCUCCAACAACGGCUACUUU